AUGCGGCUCUUCCAUUGUCGAUCGUCGAUCUCUCCGACGGGGGCAUCUCAGCCGUCCACCAGCUGCGUCCUGUUUUCAGCGACGGUUUGCACGCCAGACCAUUUCCCGACGAUUUUUGACAUUUUCGACCCCCAAUCGCAACGCAAGCCUCAACCCCUGUCGUGCUGCAAACCUCGACAAUCGGCGACCUCACCUUUGAGCUCUGUUCGGCGACCUUCGACGGGCCCCGACCUCCGAUGGGCUGCGACCUUCACAAGCGACCGCCGAUCACCCCGUUGCCGGAAGCCCUACACGGAAGAAAGAAAUUUGGGGAUCAGUCGAGUAGAAAGAGAAGUGACGGGGGAGAAGAAAAACGAAGAGUGGAAAAAGGAGAGGAAAAGAAAAGAAAAGGAAAAUAGGUGCGAACCAGAACAAAAUCUUAUGAGGUUUUACAGUGGAGAAGAUAAUCGGCCACCGACCAUCCCGGCCCAUACGCCUGACGCGGUUUUACGAAGACGUUUUCCUGAUUAUCCAACACACGAUUUAAGCGGCGGGACCCACCUUACCCACUGUAAUUCUAGCACGUGUACUUGCCCGCUUAUCCAUAUAAACCGGUGGCUGACUGGCUAUUGCCGAGCAUUCAUCUGUAAGGUGGUUUUGAUUCGAACGAUAAUCGAGCUAAUCAUGGCUCUCGUGUCUGGUGCAAGAUCGACGCUCAAUCCAAACGCGCCCCUGUUCAUUCCGGCGGCCGUGAGACAAGUCGAGGACUUCUCGGCCGAGUGGUGGGACCUCGUCACCACCUCCACUUGGUACCGGGAUUAUUGGGUCGGCCAGCACCAGGGAGAAGAUAUUUUCGGUGAGAUGGAGACUGAGCUUGAUGAUGGUAACAAUGUUGUUGGUUUGUUGCCUGAUAACAUUGAUUUUGAUGUGGAUGAGGAUGUUCUGAAUAUGGAGUCUCAGUUUGAGGAGUUUCUUCAGUCGAGCGAGGGUGGAUAUGGUGGGAAGGCUUAUGGAGGAGGAGGAGCCAUCGAAUUCGGUUUUGGGAAGAACCCUGAUGCAAUUAUCAAGAAUCUUAACAUGCAAAUGCAGAGAGGCCCCAAGUCUCCAAGGGAGCCGGUUUGGCGCUUUGAGAAGCCCGCCAAGCUCGUGGGCUCAAAACCGAGCCCUCGUUUCAUUCAGCAGCCUCGUUAA